GUGGGACACACGGGCAGCAGCAGGAGAAGCGCUGAGGCCAUGGAGCAGUACUUGUCGGCCACCCAGAAGAUGGAGCAGGAGGUGAUGUUCCCCAGCCUGCUGCGAGGGGUCUUCCCGCAGCAGGAGCGGGACGGGGAGGCCCCCGAGGGCGGCCCCACAGACCUGUACGAGCGCUACCAGCUCCUCAAGGCCAUCAAGCCCGUGGUGGAGCGAGGCCUGGCCUCCGUCACCGACCCCGGCGGCAGCGGGGACGCCGAGGACGACGCCGAGGCGGCCCCGGACGACGGAGCCGAGGGCAACCUGGAGGAGCGCCUGUCCCACCACCUGGCCGGCUUGCAGCAGGUCCUCAGCCACCUGGCCAGGGACACCACAGCCCUGACGCGCAGGUACAGCCAGAUCCUGGAGCAGAUCAGCCCCAGCGAUGGGCAGCCCAGCUGGUGAAGCCGUCGCGGGCUCCAGCCCCGCUCCUCCACCUCCAGUGCCAGGACCCGCAGGGAACGCUGUGGGGCCGGAUCCUCAGUGCCAGAGCCCUCGCCGCCCUCUGGGGCCGCCACGGAGCCGCCCGCCUCGUGCCCUCCUCUCGCUUGGCGACGAGCAGCAGCAGCAGCAGCAGCAGCAGCAGCAGCAGAAGCGGUGGCAGCGGGGGCAGGUGGUGGCCUCGCGCUCUCGCCCCGAGCUCUGCGGAGCUGGUUCCAGCUGGUACCUGGAGCCGCGCGGGCCUUUGCCCCUCUCUUUGCUAAUAAAAGGACUCUUCUGAAGCAGC